UGGUGUUGAGUGUCAUUUUCGUUGUUUUACUAAGCAAGCAGCAGGCAGUAAAAGCUGGGUUUAUUUGAAAUGAAAUAAGGUUUGUAAGGACGCGACGUAGACUGCAUACAUGACAUUCCUUGAAACCCAUGGGACUAGUGACACUGCCAAUGCAGUAUGGAAAAUAAAGCCCCAGUUGUCUUUAGAACGACAGGUUCCACCUUGUUAUAUCCCGUCAGCGAGUUUCUGCGCAUGCCUUUGGACCAGGUGAAUUUUGUGGUCUGUCAGCUGUUUGCCCUCAUGUCAGCUUUUUGGUUUCGUUGCUACCUGAGCCCAAACAAAGAUAGAAAAAAUAUCCGGCAUGUGGUUGCUACUACACUGGGAACUCUGUUUGGCAUUUUCUGCUUUGGAUGGUAUUCAUUGCAUUUUUUUAUUUUGGUCUCUGUCUGUUAUGUAAUCAUGGUGAAGGCCGGAGUAGACAACAUACACAGGUUUUCACUGGUAACUGCAUUGGGAUACCUAUCAAUCUGUCAAAUAAGCAGAGUGUACAUAUUUGAUUAUGGACUUUUGUCUACCGAUUUUUCAGGGCCAUUGAUGAUUAUAACACAAAAGAUUACUGCCCUUGCCUUUCAGGUGCAUGAUGGAAUUGGGCGGAAAGCUGAAGAACUUACCCCAGACCAGCGUCGGUUAUCUAUAAAGGAGAAGCCUUCACUAAUAGAAUAUUUAAGCUAUCAUCUUAAUUUCCUGAGCAUCUUGGCUGGACCAUUCAGUAACUACAAAGACUACAUUUCUUUUAUAGAAGGAAAUGACAUAAGUAUGAAAUUAUUAGAGAUUCAAACAAAACAAAAACAGUAUGAAAGGUUGACCAUUCCUUCUCCUACGGGACCUGUUAUACGUAAAUUAGUAAUCUGUGGUGUGUCAGUAUUUUUAUUUCUCACUCUUGCCAAAUCCUUCCCUGUUGCUCACAUGCUGAAUGAACAGUCCAUGAGCAAGACAUCAUUUUUAUCACGGGUCUGUUAUUUCUAUAUUGCAAUACAAGCUGGAAAACCAAAGUACUACUUUGCUUGGACAAUAGCGGAUGCAGUCCACAAUGCUGCAGGAUAUGGAUUCAGUGGCAUAGAUGACAAAGGAAACUUCCGCUGGGACCUUGUUUCAAACCUAAACAUUUGGAAUAUUGAGACUGCAACAAGCUUUAAAAUGUACAUUGACAACUGGAAUAUUCAGACAGCAGGCUGGUUAAAACGAAUAUGCUAUGACCGAGCACCAUACUACCCUACAGCUUUAACCUUUGUGCUUUCUGCUGUUUGGCAUGGAGUAUAUCCAGGAUAUUAUUUCACAUUUAUUACAGCAAUUCCAAUUACUAUGGCCGCUAGAGCAGUUCGAAACAAUAUAAGGCAUCAUUUUCUUGUCUCCCAGAUGAUGAAAACAAUGUAUGAUAUAAUGACAUGGGUAUUCACUCAGUUUGCUGUUAGUUAUACUGUUAUGCCCUUUAUCCUUCUGGCGAUGGAGCCAACUAUAAUGUACUACAAGUACAUGUAUUUUCAUUUUCAUAUCAUAAGUAUUCUUGUAUUAAUUCUUUUACCAAUAAAAAAAAAUCCACAUAGUAUUCAAUACCACAGUUUUCAUAUCCACGUAAAAGAGAAAUACAGGACAAGAAGAAUACAGUGAAAGGAGCCAUGUCUCAUCAUUUAAGCAUGAACUUAUGGAUGCCUUGUGGAUUUGGAGAAACACUUUUACUGUUUACAUGAUUGGAAUAGUCAAUAUAUUUAAUUGCAACAUAUGGUGCAGAAAAAUAAGUACUUAUGAUUUGGAGUAUGAUUGCAGACAUUAAAGUGUCCUCUGAAGGUGUGAUCUUCUGCCUAGAAUAACUACUUGAUACCAUUUGUUGGAACAGCCAGUACAGUGUGGUCUCCACAGUUUACUUAAGUUAUAACUAAUAGGAUACACAUUAUAUAAGAGAAAUAAAUACUAAUAAUGGAACAGGAAUUAGAACAAGAACUAAUUACAAGGGUAAAGACAAAAACAAAGGAUUAUGAGACAUUCAAAGGAGAAUCCCUAAAAUGUUAGAGAACAACAUCCAAAACUGCACACUGGUUAAGUUUUGACAGUUUGUAUAUACGUUUUAAGCACUAUGCUCAAUUGCAGUGCUUCUUCUGUAUGCUCACCUGUCAUACAGUAUGACUAUAGUAAUGUCAGACAGAAAAAGAGACUCAAACUCACCUUCAACCACUGCCUACUUUUACCUAGAUGUGACCACCACAUCUAGGAUAUCCUCAGCUUCACUAGUAUUCUUCUUACAUAAUUUUAUCAGACACUCUUGUAGGUGCCACCUUUUUAGACUUCUGGUAUUUCUCUUUUACAUCUAGGGACCUUCAUCAUAACAGAACAUUAAAGGUCACCUUCUUUAUCUUGAUUGCUUUUCUCACUUUUACCUUUCAGGUACAAAACACUGCAAUUAAUUGCAGGUGCCACUACUGCUAAGAUCUUUCUUUGGGUUCAUUCUGACUCUGUUUCAAUAUCACUCAGUAAACUUUGACCCUGCUGUAGUCCCAGGUGCACUUGAAUGUGUAUGAGCAACUGUUUCUUUGACAUAGUGUUAUGACCAGUCCACGUAUAUUGCAGAAGCAAUUGAAAUGACCAUUUCCCAUAACUCUAAAACUCGAAUUGCACAGCUCCCAGCUUCCACACCUAUUCUGUUCCACUCCAAGUCAGAAGUGAGGUUCUCCAAGGACAAUGUCAUGAUCUUGAAGGCCACUUGUAAUUUAUUAGGAUUAAGGUUUAGUAAACUUUUCUAUUCUGAUGCUAUAGUAAUGCCACCUCUGCUGAUUAUAAACUUUACCUGUAAUUACACCCCUAAUUUUUUUUUCUUAACCCAUUUAGAGCAUACUGUACAUCCAAUGAAAUUGCUCAUCUCUCAAUUAUAACUAAAUCACCAAUCCUGUAAAGGAUUGAAUGCUUUUAAUGGAAACAUCCUAGGGCUAAUUUCUACCUUGAGUUUAAUACUGCCAAGAUAUUUUUUUUCUGUUCUCUCUUGCUUCCUACGGACAUGCAGUGCUAGAACAUGGAUAGAUGACUGAAAAAAGUAAAAUUCAAAUAAAAAUUUGUAAAAGUCCUGAUGUCACCCAAUACCUGAGGCCCAAUUGGCUGUAUCUUGUACAUAUUAUAGGCAGAGUAAGUAUUUCUGAUUGCAAACUACUGUCAUUCGUAUGUAUAUAUGCAUUAUAUACAGUAUAUUUUUUUACAUGGUUUGUCUUUUGACCUUCUGCAACUAUUAAAAUAUUCAAAUCCUAAAGGGAAUAUAUAAACAAAGGUCCAUAACUCCUAAUAAAAUAUUUUGCCAAUGUGGUUGUACAAGUUAAAAAUAAAAUGAUUUUUAACAAAA